GCUCGCGCCAGUGUCGUAGUCGAGUGCGUUGCGGGCGUACGUUCGUGUAUUGAACCAGCGGCUAACUUUGAAACCGGCGUCCAACGCCAACUGUAAACACCAAACAAGACACGUAACACCUCCGACUAGGAACCGGUCUGUGUUCAAGGAGUCCACGUUCUGUGACAUCGAUGUGUUCAGUGACCACUCUAUCUGUGUUUCAGUCGAAAUUGUGAUAUUUGUGUCAGUGAAAACUGUUUGUUUGUAUGUGAUGACCUGUAUGUUGGAAAACAGUGUAUUUGGAUUUAGCAGACAGUGAACGUUUAAUCUAGGGGAGGCAGUUGCAAUGGCGGCUUUAGCAAUGUAUCGGUUAUAAACAAUAUGGCCGUCGCCCGCGCGGUCCUGGUUUUGCUAGCAUCCACUGCACAAGCGUGGAUGCCCGAUGCCAAUGCAAGAAUCCAUGUCAAAUAUGGCGAUGAAAAUCCCGAGCAGUUUGUGGGCAAUACGACUGGGCCAAACCACUUCCGGGUGCUAGACAAGGAUGACUUCUCUAUUUUAGUUGGCGGCAGGAGCACCGUCUACAAUCUUAGUCUGUACGAUUUAUCAGAAAACGUAGAGCAGCGCUUAGAAUGGCAAUCCACGGAUGCUCACAGAGAACUAUGCCAGCUGAAAGGGAAGUCAGCAGACGAUUGUCAGAACUACUUGAGAGUAGCGUCGAGGUCCCACGGACGCCUGCUGGUGUGUGGCACCAACGCUUUCAAGCCAAUGUGCCGUAGAUACGCGCGACACCCACCGAAUCACCACCUGGAAGAGUUUGACGGCACUGGCAGAUGUCCUUACAACCCUCAACAUAACUCCACCGCCAUUUUCACUGACGGCCACCUGUAUACUGCGACAGCGGCAGAUUUCUCUGGCUCAGAACCUCUCAUAUACAGGGAACCAGUUCGAACUGAACACUCAGAUUUAAGAUUGUUGAACGAUCCCUCAUUCGUUGGAGCUGUUUCAUCUACGAGCCACGCGUACUUCUUUUACCGCGAAACUGCUGUGGAGUACAUGAACUGUGGAAAGGCUGUAUAUUCGAGAGUUGCAAGAGUUUGUUUAAACGAUAAAGGCGGCCCGCACCCUUUCAACGAUCGAUGGACCUCAUUUCUCAAAGCCCGAUUGAACUGCUCGAUACCCGGAGAAUAUCCUUUCUAUUUUGAUGAAAUUCAAGCAAAUACGGAAAUUAUCAAUGGCAUUUAUGGAAGCGGCAGCAGUCGAAACGAUAUAGUUUACGCAGUGUUUACUACCCCACAAAAUGCAAUCGGCGGAUCAGCCGUAUGCGCCUUCGCAAUGAGGGAUAUUUUAGACGCAUUCGAAGGACCAUUCAAGGGCCAAAAGAAUAUGAACUCAAAUUGGUUGCCAUUACCCAAGGAAAAAGUACCUCAUCCUCAACCUGGGGCUUGCGUAGAAGACAGUAGAACACUCUCUGAUUCUGCGAUAAACUUCAUCAAAACUCAUCCACUAAUGGAUAGAGGUGUACCGUCAUUUUUAGCCCGACCAAUCCUUAUAAGAGUCAGUUUACAGUACAGAUUUUCAGCAAUCGCCGUCCAUCCACAAGUUCAAUCGAUGAACGGUAACAAAUUUGAUGUAAUGUACAUCGGUACGGAUGAUGGCAGAGUCAUAAAGGCAGUCAACGUAGCAUCUAAUGAAGGAGUGUUCGAUUCCAGCAUGGACGAAUAUAGUAGAAAUCCCGUAAGAACAGCUGUUAUUUCUGAAGUUCAAGUUCUACCACCGGGCGUUCCGAUAAAACAAAUGCAUGUGGCUCUUACAACCGAAAAACUGAUUGUCUCUUCCGGAGACAUUAUAAAAGCUGUAACGUUAUCACACUGUCCUAACAUUAAAUCUUGCAGAGAAUGCGUUGCACUACAAGAUCCCCACUGUGCGUGGGAUUCCAAACAACAACAAUGCUCUUGGGUUGGGAACAGACAAUUCCCAAAUCCAGAACGAUUUUUACAAAAUAUCGAGACCGGAAAGACUGAUAUAUGCAACAAGCUACCCGCGCUCUUACCUAGCGAAAGGCACAAUAGUAGAAGUCCGGCAACAAAGAAGCCGACGCAAUCUGAACCAAACCGACUGCUACCAAAUAACGAUAUUCAAAAUGAAAUUUUAAUAGAAGUAGUAGAAACGAAUGUUUUAUCUGAGGAAAAAAGUUCCAGCAACAAUAAACAUGAAACAGAUUUGUUGACGGUUGAAGCAGCAGACAGCAACAUCUACAGUGCACAAGCUUUACUGACAGCAGUAGUAGCAUCAUGUUUAGUGACUCUCAUGGUGGGCUUUGUUAUUGGGUAUCUGUUCUCGCGGAGAUUUCGUCACCCUUUUUUUACGGAUACUUCGCCGUUCAAUGAACAACACAACCAUUUAAACAGGCUCAGUCCAUUGGAGACUCCGUUGAAUGUGAACUCGGGAUACAACAUGCCACCAAGGUCGAAGAACGUCAACAUGGUGGCUAACGUGUGCCCUCUCGCCAAACAAGACAACCUGCAUCUCGAGUUAGGCAAAGAGCGCACUCUUGACCUACGCAACUCCACCGAAUCCCUCGACAAAGACUUGAAAUGUGGAACACUACAGAAGGUUAAAAAGACAUACAUUUGAAAUAUAACCCAACAAACUGUGUACGGUACCAUUGCAAAGUGAUAGUGAGUUGUGUGACCGUUUUGUGCGUAGCGUGUGCCAAGUUAACCGAGGCAACUCGGCUGGGAAUGUGUGGUCGGUGUUAUUGUGUGAGAACUUUGGAUUCUUGUAAAUAUUGCGUUUAUAUGUACAGUUUACAGAAAAGACUCAUUUAAUUUUUACUACUACGAUAGCAAACAAAUGCAUUUAGACGUUACGACACAAGAAAUUGCCAGUAACUCUGCAAAGGACUUUUUUAUUGGAAUUUUAAACUGUAACCACAUAGUGUACCUAUUUUAAUGGGGCUAUUUGUGUACGACGUUUUCCUUAAUUCUUAAACCCUAUCUAUAGGUAUAAAUAGUUUCUAAAAUUUUACAUGGACUUAAACUUGUAUAUUCCUCUUUGUAAACUGUUAUGGUGUGGUAUGCACUAACCCUUCCCAAUAUUCAAACGUCUUACGAAGUGAUGGCCUCAGUGUCCUUUAGGUCUUAUAUCAUAUCAUUAACGGAGAUUAUUGUGGUUUCAGAUACCUUUAAUACUAAAUGUGACAAUCGGCGCCUAUAUUUACCCACUUUCCGCUAUACAUUAUUAACCAAAGGAACCUUACGUGUAUAGAUUGUCGAUUCAGUAUUGAAUGUUGGUUUAAUUAUACAUUCCAUAUUAUGUUAGUAAUGUAGUAUUAAUAUUAGCGGAAGCAGCUCUUUGUAAAUAAAUAAAUGUGUAUAUAGUGCUAAUAAAAGCGACUGGGCUUAAGGACAUCGACAUAGAGAUGGCAAAACAGUUUUUAUAAGACGAUUAGCUAAUUUAUCGAUAAGUCGAGAUUGAUCAUUCGAGCAAUACAAAUAUUGUUACGAUUUAAGAGCGGCAAUAAUAACAGUUGAUAAAGAUCUUGUGAUUUGCAUUUGUGUCAGUAUUGCUUGACAUUUGUAGUUCCGUAACAAAAAUGUAGUUGCAAUUUCCGACCAAGUUCGAAAUUGGAACUAAAUAUAUCGCAUCCUAGACGUCUCAGCAAGUUCUAUAACUGAUUCAUCGGGGACUUCAAAUCUCCCCGAUGAAUUAGAAUCUUUAAGUCGAGAUAGAAAAACCGGAUAGUUACGUGACCGUUAUGAAAAUUGAAAAGGAAGGAAGAAUUAGCAUCAAUAUUGGGUCCAAGCGCACCGCAUCAUUUCUAUAAUAGUGUUAUUUCCAUAAACACAAAUCUCAAGAUUUUGAAGCCGGCUCCAUCUGUAUUUGAAAAUUAUUUAAAUAGUAAAUGGUAUAAAAUUUGUUAAAAUAAUAUUACGAAUAUGUUAAAUUGCUGUGCUAACUGCAUAGUGCCUUGUAGGUUGCCAAUCUAGUGCCUAAUGUACUGUAGGAUACAUCAGGAAGAGAAUAUAUAUACGGAUGUUCAUUCUCUAGUUAUUCUGUUUAAAGCUUAAAAGCUUUGAUAAUCAACCCGGGCCAUGUAACACUUUGACACUGAAAUGUUACCCGAAAAUAUGACGUCUCUUCAUGGAAGAAAGUCUAGUUGAUGAGUUAUACAUCAUAGCUUUAGACUGGCCCCUCUAUUCUGUAACUUUUCUGACACCGCUACUAUCGAAUCAUGAGAAUGACAUGACAUGAUUGGUAUGAUAUGAUGGAGACGACUCGUGUCGAAAAAGUUACAUAAUAUGCCAACUAAUAUAUUUUAUAUCUAGUUAUUCCACUGAACUCUAGUGUUAUUAUUAGAGGUCAGUGAGUCAUCCAGACAAUUAUUUUGUAAAGCUUUGCUGCUGAUUCUAAGAUAAAUUUAUGAAUCAAUAUCAAUGAAUUUCAUUUCUGUCCUCCUAUGUCGGUUAUUAUUUUACUAAUCUUAAACUUUAUAAAACUUGUACCCUAAAAUGUGAAUUUGAAUGUUAUGCUGAAGGAACCACCAGAGAUCUAAAAUUAACAAGUAUUCCCACCGCAAAACAAAGUUAUUAAGUAAGCGGAAAUUAUUUCUGCGUCUUCUGCUAUGUAAACUUUAGAAAGAGUUCUAUAUAUUAUAUAGUUAUAGAUGAGGCGAAAUAAACUCUUUAAAAGCUAGGAAAUUUUUAUUUUUAAAAAGGUUUUAUAUUUUAUAGAUAAACUGAUUAUGUAAAAAUUGCACUGAGAUUGCAUUGCAUCAAAAACUGUUACUGUACCAUUAUGUACCUACAUACAUUCAGGUGAAAUUGUUUGUAUCGUACAUCUACAUCAAGAUAUUUAUUAUUUGUAUUCUUUGUAAUUAAUUAAUUAAAUAAAAAUAUUGUGCGGUUUUAUCAAUUGUCCCGGUUAUUGUUGUAGACGGAUACGUUUUAUUACAUUUUAAUUUAAUAAUAA